UCCUCCUCUCCUCCUCCUGCUCCUGUGUGCUUUCAUUCCGCGUCUCUCUCCAUCAGCAGCGGUCUGGAUGCUCGCAGGGACAGAAACAUGGCUGUGAAUCUCGCCAAGAACAGACUGGCCCUGCUGACCGCCUACCAGGACGUCAUUGACGAGACCUCGGACACCGACUGGGCCUUGUACACCUAUGAGGAUGAAAGUAACGACCUGACACUGGCUGCAUCUGGAGGAGGGGGUCUGGCAGAGAUCACGCUGACCUUCGACAAUAGCAGGGUGAUGUACGGCUUCUGCAGCCUGAAGGAACCCACUGCCGCUCUGCCACGAUACAUCCUCAUCAACUGGGUGGGAGAAGAUGUUCCAGAUGCCAGGAAGUGUGCUUGUGCCAGCCACGUGUCCACCAUUGCAGACUUCUUCCAGGGUGUGGAGGUCACCGUAAAUGCCAGCAACCUGGAUGACAUUGAUCCAUCAGCUAUCGGGCAGCGGCUAACCAAUGGGACGGCGGCGGUGGCAAGCCCGGUACUGAGUCGUCUGAAAACCCGGGAUGAAGAGCAUGCAGAUGUGGGCACUGUGUACCAGAAGACCAAUGCAGAGGUGGAGAUGAAAAAAAUCAAUAGAGAGGAGUUUUGGGAACAAGCCAAGCGCGAAGAGGAGCUGAGGAAGGAGGAGGAGCGAAAGAAGGCCGUGGAGGAGCGGCAGCGCUUCGAGGAGGAGCGGAUGGAGCUGGAGAGAAAGGAACAGGAGAACCGAGAGAGGAGGUACCGCGAGCGGGAGAAGCAGAUUGAGGAGCACAGGAAGAAGAUGCAGGAGGAGGAGGAGGCCAGAGAGAGGCUGAGGAACCAGACCACCAUAGCAUCUGAACCGAGCAUCGAGGACCUGAACCUGGACAAGAAGGAGUCUGAGGUAGAGGAAGCGAAGGCCAUCAUCGCCCAGCGAUCUGGGAACCCGCGGGAGUUUUUCAAGCUGAAGGAGAGAGCAAUGACCAUCAGCGUUGACACCUCACCUGUCUCCGUCCACAGGACCGGCCGCUUGGACAGCCCGUUCUUGAAGCAGCAGCACAGUCCCAGCAGCCCCAGUAGAACUACUCCGCCCCGGGGCGUGUCGCCCCUCCGCACCCCGCCACAUGCACGGAGGCAGCCCCCCGCUGCAGCCGAUGACAACGACGAUGAAGUGAGCAUAGAGCGCAACAUGGCCGCCGUUUCACCCAUUCCUAAAAUAGUCACUACACCAAUCAAAGAGGACUUUAGCAGGGAGGAGGAAGGCCACAGAGAGGAAGAGUGGGAUUCGGUGCCAAAGGAGGAACAGAAACGACCCGUCCAGGAGUCGACACCUACCAAGCCCGUGCAGAGCGUCGCACCGCAGGCCCGCGAACCCUCCGGUAUUCCUGCAUGGGACUCCGGGACGGACAACCUAGUUGACCUGUGGGACGGCAGCUCCGCCCCUGCCGCCAACCCCACCCCGUCCGCCCACUCCUCCAAUCUGGUGGACCUGAUGGGAGAUGGCGAUGUUCUUCACGAUGACGUCCCACCCAGCAUAGCCGCCGGCAGCGGCAGGCCUCAGCCCCUUCUCAGCUUCGAUGGGAUGGUGGACGGGAGCUUCUGCUCGGCCACCGUUGCAGAGGACGACCCCGCCAGCCUGGUGGACGUGACGGGCUCCGACCAGAUGACCCUCAGCUACCAACAUGCGCUGCAGCACGCCUCUGGCGAGGGGCAGGAUUUGGAUGAUGGACAGCUGCUGAUGACCAACGGGGAGACGCUGCUGAAAGAAGGAACUCAGGCGAGUGAGGGCUAUUUCAGCCAAUCACAGGAGGAAGAAUUCGGCCAAUCAGAGGAGUCAUCAGCUAAGCCAGCACCUGUGUUUUAUAACAAGCCUCCAGAGAUUGACAUCACGUGCUGGGACACGGAUCCUGUGGUCGACGAUGACGACGACUAACGAUGGUGGCCGUGCCAGGAGGAAGUAGGAAGCGAGCAUCAUGAAGAAACAUUUUUCUUUUUUUUUUCUAAAAAAAAAAAUACCCCACAAACAAACAAAAAAGUAAUAACAAAAAGUCUUGCAUUAAAACUCUUUCAGUAUAACCUUUUAGAGGAAGCAGUAGCCACCAUUUGAGUUGAAAAGGCUCAGAUCUGAUCUGUUUUCUGUGUUUAUUUAUUUUGGUUUUUUGUUAUUUGUUUUCGUUUCUAUGCAGAUGUUUUAGCCGGGAUUGAGGGGUUUUCUUUGUGUACAUGAUUUAUUCCACGUAGCGCACCGCUGCAUUAGAGACAAUGAAGCUGAGUGUGCGGCCUGGCGGCCCACACUAUUAGUUUGUAGUGCUUUAAUAACACCUUAAAAAAACAACAAAAAAACAAAUCCAUCGGAUCAGAACAGCUGCCAUGUCUAUCUUCACUCUCUUCUUUUCUCUCCUUUCUUAAUACCUGAACAUAUUCACCUCUGCAGCUCAGUUAAUCAUGUAUUUAGACUUCACUUUCAUGGAGGAAAAGUUAUUUAUUCUGGUGUAUCUGAACUGAAAGUCCUUUGAACAAGUCUGUGGCGCCUUUAUUUCACCUUUUUUCACUCCUUUUGUAUGAUUUUAAAACUGAGUUCAACAUUAAACAGCUUUUUUUCUGUCCCAGUGCACUUUUAUGCUUCUUCUGCCUCCUUGUGGAUGAACUGCAGCCAUCAGCCCUGAGACUCAUUAAAAAAAAUACCACUUAUAUAAUUUCACAAGCAAAACACCAGUUUCAGAUAAAUAUAAUGUAGAUAUUUUCAACUUUUUUAAAGAGCUUGGAAACGAAGUAAAUUUCUUCACCAAAAUACUAAAAUUAGAUUUUCUGUCCCAGGACAGGAUGCCUUACUUUUCUUGGCUUUUAAAUGUAAUUUCUUAGUAUCGACUCAAAGUUAAGCUUUUCUAUCCCGCUCAAACAUAAAUCGUGGGAUCAAGCUGCUGGACAGAAACUUUUGUUUUUUCAUUCUCAAUAUUUUUAUUGUUUUACCUGUGUAUUAAUCUGCAGGGGACCAGAUGCCGAGGAUUUGCUUCUAAAUUUUAAAACGUCAGUUAAACCUUUCCUAAAAAAGUAUCUUGUAUUUUUUGCCAGUUAAUUUUCCUCUAUUAGAAAUGAAAUUUUGACUUAAUGUUGGAUUAAUGUACUAAAAGAUUUAGCUGCUGAGAAAGAUCAGAGACUAGAAAUUUGAGGCGUAGAAAAUCCUGUAUUGUGGGUUGCUAUGGUGAUUCCCUCCUUUUUGAGAGCAGCAGGUGGAGGGGGAAAACAAACAAACACAUCAGAUUUUAAGCCUCAAACAAACGGUUUCUGUUUCGAAUCUGAGUUGUGUCACAAUAAAUCGGUGGACCACGUGUCACGUU